AAAUAAGCCUGGUUUAAUUCCGUUAGUCUGUCUUAUUGUCAAUUGAUUUGGUUCAAAAUAAGUCAGACUAGCUGAAAUAAGCCUGGCUUGUUUGUUAAACUUGUUUUAUGAAACAACCCCCAGGGGUCUGUUCUUCGUUUCUCGCUUAAUACAUCUGAGAUGAUUUGAAAGAUGCCAGAUCUUCUAAUCCUGAUAACUGAUCUCUGGCUAAUUUGGUUCUUCAAACAAAUUUGCGUAUUAGAUUAAAAUAUCUGGAUUAAGUUGUCUAAGAUUACUGCGCGUUCUCGUGUUCCCCGAAAAGGGCAGAUGUAUCGAUACUCGAAACCAUGAUCAGCAAUGCAGCGAUUGGCUGGCAGCAAGACAGCAACGUAAUGACACCAUAUAAUUAAAAAAAGACACCUGACGAAAAACUUGACACAUUUCUGGACUUUUAUAAGGAAACAGCCAAGCGAACAAAACUACAUAAAUGUUAUAAUAGAUAAAUGAAAUGUGCACUUUUUUUUUUUUUGCAUGAUUUCCAAUUAUUUAGAUUCACGAUUUCUAGUAUUUGUACAGGCUUUACGUUUUAUUUCAAUGUUGUAAUUAGCAAUUAAUUUAAUUUUAUCUUUGAAACAGAUUUGUUAUGUGACAGCAUUAAAGUUUCUUAAGGUUAUCUGUAUCUCCUGCGCUCCAUCAAGCCACUCCCAUAAUAUCUGUCACCACUCAAAUUAAUGCACGGCUCAGAUUAACUGUAUAGCAUGUAAGACUCCAAUACAUUUAUAAAGUAAUUAUUUCAUCACUAAUAAAUCUUUCAAUGAGUAAAACUGGCUGUGUCUGUAGUAUUAUAGACUACACAACAUUGUUAUAUUAUUUUCAAAUGAAUUUUGAAAUUAUUUUUAUUUUAAAUUAUUGUCCCAGGCUCAGUAGGGUACUCUUAUAAUAAAGUAACGGUGGCUGGGACAUAUUUUAAGUAUCAAUUCUGCUUAAAAAGAUACAAUCUAAUCCUGUUUACAUGAAAUAAACCUGCUCCCAAGCUGGUUUAAGCUAACAGACCUGUUGCUAUGACAGCAACUCCGGCAUCGAAGAACUAAACAAUCCAAGAUCAAGCGAAAUCAGCAACAAUCAAAUCCAGCUAACUGAGUUAGCGAUGUACGAAGAACAGGCCCCAGGUGUUACUUCGUUCAAAGUGAUACAAAUAUUUACAUGUCCUUGUAAUGCUUUCAUGUACUUGUGCACAUGCAUACCACAACAACGGCAGCACUUUCACUGAUCAUAGUGCUUUUAUCUACCUGUAUCUACAUAUUUAAGUUCCAUCUACUUUUAUGUACAUAUACAUAUGUAUACCAUGUCUCGUUCCCUCCUCUUAGGGAACCAAGUUUACAUUAGUUUACCAGAGACAUUUUACUUCCUUUCCUCUGUCAAAAGUGGAUGCACUGAAUAUUAGUGCCAAACAUGUUGGUGUGAACAAGCCUUAAAUUUAGGUGAUAUGGGUACUGUUAAAUAAUGUCAAGACAACACCUCUUCCUUUUACAUUAUCUUUUCUGGGUGUACUCAAAAACAAACAUAACUCAAAUAAGUAUUUUGAGUUCCCAUAAUAAAUUGCACGAAAACAGUUUGAUUAGUUUGAUCCAGUCAAGAAUUUUUUUUUUCGCUCAUUGAAUCUGUUAGAGCGGUUACACAUCAUGUAACAUCUGACUGACUCAUUGAACUGCCGCAGGUCUUUAAUGUCAGUUACGUUUGACUUGAAAUGAAGUAAGCACUGUUUAGUGUAUUUAACCCCCUUGAGGCUUCAGCGUGAUGACUACCUUUUUACAUUUAGUCAGAUAUGUAAGUGCUUGACAAGUCUAUUUUUUACUGACUUAAGGUGCUCUUGGUAUUUAUGGUUAUGCAGAUAUAAUGAAGACAUUCAAAACUAUAAUAGAUCUGCUUUCAUUUGUGGCCACUUAAAAUAACAAAAUUACUUUUGUGAAAUGCAGAAAACAGUCAAUGUGUGCUUCCGCCAUCUCAUAUAUAUAUAUUUCAAUAACUUGUACAUCAUGAAGAAUAUAUUUUGUUGUUACUUAUCCAAACCAAAUAGCUCUGCUUUGUAGUAGCUCGGGAAUGAUCUUUUGAUAUCUUGUGAAAGCAUAACUAAACGAAAUGCAAGCAUUUUUGAUAGAUGUUUGAAUAAUAAACUAAAACGUGGCAAGCAUGUAUGAAAGCAAAUAUAAAAAGUGUGCAUUCAUAUUAAAAUGAACUUGGUGGUGGUGCUCCACAUUGGUCAAUCAUUGUUUCUGUGGGGGGGGGAAACUAAUACCAUUAAUAAAAGCACGCAAAAGUAAAAUAUUUUCAUCUGUUUAACAAAUUUACUUGCAAAAAAACGACUUUUGCUCGCAUCUUUCCUCAGGUAGGUUGUGUGUUGUAGCUCAUUGUCUGUCGCUCUGAGGUCUGGCUCAUGAAUAUUAAUCACAUUGUCUGCGUUCGCCAGAGCUGAUUGGCGGAGCCGGAGAGGUGAGCGCUAGCCAAUGGGAUUACCGCUUGAUUCUUAUUCUCCAUCUGCCGAAGGAUGCGAACGGCCUAAAUAAUAAAUAAUAAACGUUCAUUUUGAUAGGGAGAAAAAAGUAAGAAUACCAUUAACAUUUAGCGCAUCAGUACUGCGUGGUUUAAGACUCACUUUCUCUCUCUCUUUGCGUGUGUGUUAGGAGAAAGCUGCCGCUGUCAGUCAAACGACGAUGACACACUGCACGUGUGAGGAAACUCUUGAGACGGUCCUGGACAGCGAGGAAGAAUUCUCCUUUUCUUCAGAAGAGGAGCAGGAUGAAGAUGAAGAAUGGUCGCAUUUUGAAGAGCGCCGUGAUCCAGCAGAGGACGCCCUUUCUGAUGAAAAUGAGGAGAAUGACAUUUACCAGAUGCCUGUUGCAAAGAAGCCCAGGACAAGCAAGCAGCCUGCUCUGACGUGGAAAACAGAGACUGAAGUUGACGUGGUUCCACAGACUCUGAGAUUCGUGCCCGCUCGAGAACCCGGACCACAGCUAUGGUCAACUGACUCGUACACUCCCCUCACUCUAUUCAAGCUCUUUUUCAAUGAAAAUGCUGUCUCAACUCUAUGCUACAACACAAAUGCCCAGGCCACCAGGUCACUUGCAAGGGGUCGCAAAUACAAGUGGACAGAUGUAAGCACCAGUGAAAUGUACCGCUACUUCGGACUCAUAUUCUACAUGGGUAUGGUGAAGUUGAUCUCCAUCAAAGACUACUGGCGCCAAGGCAGUCUUUUCUCUGUGCCUUUUCCCGCCACAAUCAUGUCAAGGGACAGAUACCGCACCAUUUCAUGGAAUAUGCACAUGAGUCAUCCAGCUGAGGACAAGGAGAAUGACAAAAAGAAGGGCACAAAUGAAUAUGACCGGCUUUUCAGGGUCAAACCCCUCAUGGACACGAUCCGUCUUGCAUGCAAAACCAUUUAUCAUCCUAGAAGAAAUUUAGCUGUGGAUGAAAGAAUGGUGGCAUGCAAAGCCAACACAGGAAUGACACAGUACAUGAAAGCCAAGCCGACCAAGUGGGGCUUCAAGCUGUUUGUCCUCGCGGACUCCUCGAACGGAUACACUGUUGACUUUUCUGUGUACACGGGAAAGAACAACACUGCCACAGGCAAUGGACUGCCGUAUGAUACUGUGAUGUCUCUCUUGGACAGAAAAGUUUUGGGAUCUGGGUACCACGUGUACAUGGACAAUUUCUACACAAGUCCAAAGCUCCUAACAGACAUGUUAGAGAUGAAGUAUGGCGCUUGUGGGACUUACAGAGACUACAGAAAGUACAGCCCACAAAAUGCACCUAAUUCACUGACUAAAAAUUCCCCCAGGGGAUCCAUUAGAUGGAUUCGAAAUGGUCCGCUUGUGUUCGUGAAGUGGAUGGACACACGAGAGGUGUCUGUGUGUUCCACUAUCCAUCCUGCCUACACAGGAGACACCGUGCAGAGGAGAGUGAAGGCGCAAGAUACAUGGAGCUUAAAGUCGUACCCCUGUCCCGCACCUAUUACUGCAUACAACCAAUACAUGGGGGGCGUUGACCUGUCCGAUCAGCUGUUGCAAUACUACACCGCACAGCACAAAACCUUGAAGUGGUACAGAAAGAUCUUCCUACACUUCUUGGACAUUGCUGCCACCAACUCUUACACAAUUCACAAGGAGUUAUAUGGCAACAUGACCCACAAGGAGUUUAUGGAGCAGCUAAUUGCAGAGCUCUGUGGUGUCUCGCCGAAAAUCCCACAGAAACGGGGCAGCAGUGACCAUGUGCCCGUCCCAGGAGCUCCGCUGAGCACCAACACCAGGAAAAUUGCCUCUAGUGGUCGGCGAAUCUGUGUGCACUGCAAAGCAGCGCAUGGAAAGAAGAAGCAAACUCCUUGGAAAUGCCAGGCGUGCGACGUGCACUUGUGUCUUCAGCUGACGAGGAAUUGUUUCCAGGAAUGGCACAAAUCUCUGUGACUGUGUGCUCAAAAAUGUGGUUUUGACCUUCUGUGUUUCUUUUAUUUGAUCUAUCUUUCUCUCUGUAUUAUAUUGUACGCUGUUGUAAAUAAACUGCAAACAAAAACAUUCUUUCUUUUUAAGACUUCUUGCAUAAUCUCUUUUGGAUCCCUCACAGUUGGAUCCCACAUUGAUGGGUCUUUACCCACCUGAUGUGAAAUACGUCAAAACAGUGGGGGGGAAAAGCGUCGCACAAGUUAAAUCAGUGUUUUGUUUUAUGUGAAUGAAAGGACAAAAUUAUUUUUGCAACAUGUUGUAACAAAGGCUCUAUGAAAUCCAGUAAUCAAAACUGGUUAACAAGGUUUACUGUUUUAUUACCUCAUGUCUUAUUUCAUAUAUAUCAUUAUAUUAGCUGAUUUGGUGCUCAAGAAACUAAUUUUAUCAGUGCUGCUUAAGUUCUUACAAAUCUCUUUCUGUGGCGUGUCACUGAAAAUC